AUGAAUCAGCUAAAGAGGGCGGCAGACUCGCUCGCUAGAACCGAGCGGCAGCUGCGGCGAGAGCGGGCCAGCCCCGAGCGUCUGACAGCUGAGCAGCUCCGUACCAAGCCCGGGCUAGACAGUUCUGGGCGCGUUCAGAACGCGUCAACACACGCGUUUGAGCCACACACAGAAGCAAAGCAGCAAAUGGAGAGAUACAAUUCGAGGCGAGCAACAGCAACAGCAACAGCAGCAACAACAACGGAGAACUGGGUGGAUGCCACAGAUGUUGCCAAACGUGUCCAGAAACGCAAUCAGCGCAUGGAGAUGCAAAUGGAGGCGCAGGCGCUGGGCCAAAUGGUUGAGAAGAUGGAGCUGGAUAUGGCGGAAUCGCAGGCGCAAAAUGGGCAGGCAGACACGCAACAACUGCCCAGCAUGCCUGUGCUAAACGAGGCCGAGUCGAGCGAGCAGCAGGAGCGCAAGCAUCGCCACAAGCACAAAUCCAAGUCGAAGAAGGCCAAGAAAGCCAAAAAGCGUUCCAAGCAUGACAAAAAGCAGCGACAGCAGCAGGAACACUUGGAGGCCAGCAGCAUGCAGCCCAAGAGGCUCAGGGAAAGGGAACGGGAACGGGAGCGGGAGCGGGAGCGGGAAAGGGAGCGUGUACAAGAGGAACCUGGUCAAUCGACAGCAGCUGCGG